GUGGACUUGUCCAUGCACUACAGUAGACUGGCCGCAAACGCUGGUGAGCAUCCUUGGCCACAUGCACGAGGGAAGGUUCCUGGGCAGUACGGAAUUACACCCUUGGUUUCCCACUUGCCAGGAGGCAGAGCUGCGAACUGGACCUGGCAGAACCCGGCGGGUUUGUUGGAAGACAUGGUUGGAGGUGGGCCAGUCAUCGACAAUGACAAGUGCUUGUACUUGAUGACUGAGGAUGGUCUUUGGAAGUUCUCGCCAAGUGGUGAAUUGCUGUGGCGCUAUCAAACCCCUGGCCGGUCGGCCAACGAGCCUUUCUUGACUGGUGACACGCUUUUGAGUUCAACCACAGAAGGCAAUGUGUUUGCGGUUGAGCGUCACACGGGGAAGGAGCUUUGGGUCACCAACGUGGCCAAAAACGCCGGGGCUGAUGCUGCGUAUCCUGCAGCUUUCGGCGGAGUUUUUGUCGUUGCCUCCAGUAGAUGGGGAGCCUCUUCGGAGACGACGCCCUGGGGCAACACUCGCAUCUUCGGCUUGGCUGUCGGCACUGGUGAGAAGAUUUGGGAGUACGAGUCUGAGACGGUGCUUAUGGACCUGACACCUCUGUUUCCCGGCGACGACAGCUUCGUCUUCAUGAGCCAAGAUGGAAGCGUCUAUCGUGUGGGCCUGCUGAAUGGCACGCUGUUGUGGAAGGGAGCGUCAAACAGCAGCGACAGUUAUAGCGAUGGUGGUGCAGUGAUCGGCCCGAACGGUGUGGUUUAUACUUGCAGCAACAUCGAGCAAGGCUUCCAGGGAACGCCGGGGGUCGUCCGGGCGUUUGGUUUGGAGACUGGCAGGUUGAUUUGGGAGCAUAUCCUCAGAGACCCUUGCUGUACCUUCCCAGCCGUGGGUCACGUGAAGGGUUCAGAUGCUUUGGCCGUGGUUGUUGCCCCUGGAGCCUGGCCAAAACAGGGUCUUGAUACUGGAAGUGUGGUUGCUCUGGAAGCAGAGACAGGGGCCUUGCUCUGGCAGUUCAAUGCAGAGCCCUAUGCACCACCAUUGGCUGCUGGGGAUGCGGAGCGCCUUGCCUACCAAGCGGCCCACCCGGAGGUAUCAAAGCGCUUGCUGUGUUCGCUAUGCUUGCCUGCGCAGUGGAGUGCUCCAGUGAUUACCGGGGAUGGCUCUGUGUAUGUGGGACGCGCUGAUGGCAACCUUUACGUGGUCCACGGAGCCCUGAGAGGCAAUGAGGUCGGGGAAUUGGCGAAGGAUCCAGUCACAGGUAUCCACGCUUUGGUCCAGAGCGUUGGCAGUGCACCUAUGCAUGGAGCUCUGGCCUUCGCUGAUGGCAUCUUGGCAUACGCCACAUGCGACUCACUCUAUGUCUGGCAGACACCAUGA